AAGAAGAGGUGCUUAAUUAUUUUAGGGUUUUGGUUAUCAGCUUCUUUUUGCCUCUACUGAACUGCAAAUUGCCGGCCUGUCCAUUGCAAAAGAAAACAAGAUGUCGAAGAAAGGUUUAAUGGAGCAGGACUUGAGUAAAUUGGAUGUGACAAAGUUGCAUCCACUUUCUCCCGAAGUUAUAUCCCGUCAGGCCACUAUCAACAUAGGCACAAUUGGCCAUGUGGCUCACGGCAAGUCCACUGUUGUCAAAGCUAUUUCGGGUGUGCAGACUGUUCGGUUUAAGAACGAGUUGGAACGUAAUAUUACUAUUAAGCUUGGCUAUGCAAAUGCCAAGAUAUACAAGUGUGAAGAUGAUAGAUGUCCCCGCCCUAUGUGCUACAAGGCUUAUGGAAGUGGAAAGGAAGAUAGUCCCAUGUGUGAUGUGCCCGCCUUCGAGAACUGCCGUAUGAAGUUGUUGAGACACGUCUCCUUUGUCGAUUGCCCGGGCCAUGACAUCCUCAUGGCUACAAUGCUUAAUGGAGCUGCCAUUAUGGAUGGAGCAUUGCUUCUAAUCGCCGCAAAUGAAAGCUGCCCCCAACCGCAGACUUCUGAGCAUCUUGCUGCUGUUGAAAUUAUGCGUCUCCAGCAUAUCAUCAUUCUUCAGAAUAAAGUUGAUCUCAUUCAAGAAAAUGUAGCAAUCAACCAACAUGAGGCCAUUCAGAAAUUUAUUCAGGGAACUGUUGCUGAUGGUGCUCCAGUGGUGCCAAUUUCCGCACAGCUGAAGUACAAUAUUGAUGUCGUUUGCGAAUACAUUGUGAAAAAAAUCCCCAUUCCAGAGAGGAACUUCAUCUCACCACCUAAUAUGAUUGUUAUUCGCUCUUUUGACGUCAACAAGCCUGGGUUUGAGGUUGAUGAGAUAAGAGGUGGUGUAGCUGGUGGAAGCAUCUUCAGGGGUGUUUUGAAGGUCAAUCAAUUUAUUGAAGUUCGUCCAGGGAUUGUUGUUAAAGAUGAGACCGGAAGUAUUAAGUGCACACCAAUAUACACAAGAAUAGUUUCAUUGUAUGCUGAGCAGAAUGAGCUACAAUUUGCAGUGCCAGGAGGACUAAUUGGUGUUGGUACAACCAUGGACCCCACUUUGACACGUGCUGAUCGGUUGGUGGGUCAAGUUCUCGGAGAUGUUGGAUCUCUUCCUGAUGUUUUUGUUGAGCUUGAGGUGAAUUUCUUUCUUCUUCGACGACUUAUUGGGGUUAGGACGAAGGGUUCGGAGAAGCAAGGAAAAGUUUCAAAGCUAGCAAAGGGAGAGAUUCUGAUGCUCAACAUAGGAUCCAUGUCGACUGGGGCUAGAAUUCUUGCUGUAAAGAAUGAUUUGGCGAAGCUGCAGUUGACAUCUCCUGUGUGCACCAACAAGGGGGAGAAGAUUGCACUGAGCCGACGAGUUGAGAAGCAUUGGCGUCUAAUUGGUUGGGGAAUGAUUCAAGCUGGAGCAACUCUUGACGUUCCACCGUGCCCUCUCUGAGUUGCUCUUCCAGAUGUUUAGUAUUGUUUGUGUUUCUUUUUUUUGUUUAUAGUCCAAGUUUUGAACAAGAGUUGUUUCAACUGACGAUAUGUAACAGGCUGCUGCCCAAUUUCAUCACAUUUUCUGGGAUUCUUCUUAUUUUUGUCUUUUAGAGAAAGAAUAUCCCUAGAUUUCUGCU